AUGAUUCUUGUAAUCCUUCUAACCGUUUGCAGUUUUACAUCAGCUACUGUCUUAAGAGAUAAUGGCUACGAGGAUGUACAUAUCGUUAUACAAGAUUCCGUGGACGAGAAUUGGAAAUUAGUUGAACGAAUUAAGGAAGUUUUCACCGGCGCAUCUCAACAUCUAUUUAAAGCAACAGAGAAUCGAGUAUAUUAUAGAAAAAUAAACAUCAUUGUGCCGAAAACAUGGACCGAAACACGAGAACACAAUAUAACAGUCCAAUCGUUAUCUCUCACAGGCUACGUCACGAUAGAAGAAGGGAAAAUACAAACACCACAUGUUAAAAAACAAGGAUGCGGCCAAGAGGGACAGUAUAUGUAUUUGACGCCGUCGUUCCUGCUGGAAACAGGAUCUACCAGAUGGGGAGAUUAUGAAUCUGUGAUCGUUCAUGAAUGGGGCCACCUCAGAUGGGGAUUAUAUGAUGAAUACUGGCUGCCAAAACAACAGUUUUACCAGCACGCCGGAAAGUGGAAGCCAAUAAGAUGCACAGAAAACGUCGAAGGAAGAGUUGGCAUUGACCAUCGUUGUGACGAUUCCUUGAACGUGAAAUACUGUGACGUCAACAACACUGCAAAGAAAAUGCAUUCGAAAUGCUGGUUUUGUCCGAGCAUUUCACAAAGCACCAACACAUCUAUAAUGAGUUAUCAGUUCGUCCCAUCAAUAGCCAUGUUUUGCGACAAAGACGUACCGGCCACCCCAGAAUGGAAACGGCAUAACCGAAGGGCUCCGAAUAUGCAGAAUAAGAUGUGUGGAAGAAAAAGUGCUUGGGAGGUUAUGCGAGAACACGAAGAUUUUGCAAACGGAGCAAGCCCUAUUCUACCAGAAGACACUGAUACAUCGCCGGAAUUCAAUUUAGUCCAAGAAACAGAAGCAAUAAGAGUGUUUGUCCUAGACGUAUCUGGGAGCAUGAGCGGGUCGAGGAUCGAGGGCCUACAUGAUACGGGCGUGUACAUUGUGCAAGAAGUAUUGAGGAAUGGAAGUUGGCUCGGUUUAGUUAGAUUUAGCAGCGAAGCAGUACAGGCACACAAGAUAGUUCAAAUAACGGAUGAUUCUGUACGUGUAGACUUGAUUCAGAACCUCCCGUCCAUUGCUGGUGGCGGUACAUGCAUCGGGUGCGGUAUUAAUGUAGCUAUUGAGAUGAUUGAAACCACAUUUGGAUCGGCGAAGGGCUGUGAAAUCAUAUUGAUGUCCGAUGGUGAAGAUGGAAAUGAAAACGAAUUAUUAACCGCAACGCAAAAAGCGAUUUCAAGUGGGGUAGUAAUACAUGCAGUGUCCAUUUCCCAAGCGGCAGAUCAAAGGAUGAUAAGCCUUGCAUCGGAUACAGGUGGAAAACACUUUAAUUACUUGGAUCAAGGCAGUAUCAGUUUCGCUGCCGUCUUUUCAGAAGCCGUCUCAGGAAUAGGAUCGUUUUACGACUAUUCGGCCGUCGGCAAAUCUUUAACUGGGGCAAUGGGACAUUUAGAGCCUGGGGAAUACAAUGUCACUGUGAUAUCUUCCAUUCACCAUACGUGGGAUUAUAUUGUUAAAUCCUUCCCUUCGGAGCCGCAUCCUAUACUAGUGACAUCACGAUUGUCGACAACAAAAGUCGACUUUUCCUUUGAAUCACCGGAUCUACCUGUAUUGUAUGUGGAUGUAACGAAAGGAAAAGCUCCAGUUGUAGGCGCCAUUAUAGAGGCACACGUUGAAGCUAGUUCCAUUUUAUGCACGUUAUCGCCAAAGGAUAAUGGUCAAGAUCCCGACUCGUUGGAAGGAGAUGGCGUCUAUUCCGUGUAUUUGUUACCGAAAUGUUUAACAAAUGGACGACUGAAUAUUCGAGUCACGGUCAAGGGACAGGUGAACGAAACCACAGUCAUAAAUUCAAUUAACGGCGCAUUGGCUUUAGACGAAAGUGAAGCAAAACAGGAAAUUAUUUCCGACGGUUUCCAGCGAUUUUCCCUUCCAGAACCGAUCUUUGUCGACAGGUUUCAAAGAAGUAUAUCGGAUAUUGUUGCUCCAGGGCAAAUUACGGAUGUUAACAUUGUGAACAUUGAAACACAAAUGACUUCAAAUGGUGAAAGUAGAAACUUUACAGUUUCAUGGACGGCAACGGGGAACGAUAUGAACAUUGGCCAGGCAUCCUUUUAUAAAAUUCGAUAUGCUGAUGACAUUGACACAAUUUUCAACAAUUUUUCCUCCGCUUAUACGCUUGACAUCGGUAACGUAAGCCUUACGCCGAAACAGUCGGGUAUGAUGGAGACUAUUGUUAUCUCCGUUGACGCCGAGCAAACCUACACGGACACGGCUUAUCUAGGAAUUGUAGCAGUUGAUGAGGCUGGAAAUCAGGGGAAAGUUUCCAACAUAGUGUCUAUCGUUGUGGCCAAAGGGUUUCGUAUAAGCUUCGAGGGGGAAACUAAUUACACGGAAACUGAAGACGUAAUCAUUACAUUUCCAGCAACGACUGUGUCACAGGACGUAUCAACAGUACGAUCAAACGAUGAGGCUAGUCACACAGGGCUUAUUGUCGGCGUUAGCGUCGGGGUUUUUGCUGGAAUUGUUGUUGUUGGACUCAUACUGUCUGUCGUGCUGAGAAAAAGACCCCCAAAAUCUACUUACGAAGUAAGUCGAAAGAGCCAAACUUCACUCCAUGAACAUGCGAACGUCAACUACGUGGCAGAGAAAAAGUGAAGACUAUAUUUUUCAAUGAAAUUACUGACCCACAGAGGGAUAGUUGUUUUGUGUGUAUGUUUUAAAAUGAAUUUUAAAUUUAGAUACUGAACGUUAUGGCUGAAUGUUAUGGCUGUAACCAUUAUCUUAUAUCGAAUCUUAGAUCAAUUACAUAAAUAUAUGGCAAACACCCA